CUUGACUCCGUCGGUCAAAGGCCCUCACGAAGGAAGUGUAUCAACAUCUUGGAGAACGAUGGCUGACGUGGAGCUGCAUCCCCUCGAGCCAGGCACUGACGCCUCCUCCCCCCCUCCCGCCUGCCCCGACAAGGAAGGCUGCGACGACGACGGCGACGGCGACGGCGACGAGAAGGCAGAGACAUGGGCGUCGCCGCUGGACUACCUGCCGAUGCUGCUGAGCGUCGUCGUGUGGGAACUGGGCUUCCUGCAAUUUCCGUAUUUUUGGUACAUCAAUGGCGGAGCAUUCCUCCUGUUGUAUGCUCUCCUGCUGGUCCUCCUCGGGAUUCCUCUCCUGCUGCUGGAGUCCUUCAUCGGGCAGUUCACCUCCUCGAACUGCAUAGAGGUGUUCUCCUUCAUCCCUGCAUUCAAAGGCAUUGGCUAUUCACACGGACUGUUUCUCCUGUUGAUGACGCCAUACAUGGUUGUAUACACAAGCUACUCGUUGUUCCACCUGGUGUAUUCGUUCAUAAGCAUCGAACAGUGGAACUUGUGCGGUGGAGAGUGGGACUCGGAAGGCUGUGUUCCUGAGGUCACGGAUAUGUGGAACAAGACAGAGAAUUAUCUUGACUUUCCAUCUUUAGCUCUGGACAUGCCGUGGCGUUUUCUCCCAGCCGUCUUCGUCACGUGGGUUGUCAUCUUCUUCGCCCUCUUCGGCGGGGUCAGGGUCCUUGGGAAGCUGAUGUGGGUCACUGCUGGGACGUCCAUUGUACUGCUCCUGGCACUGUUCAUCCGCGGAGCCACACUGUCGGGGGCGUGGCUCGGUGUUGGCGAUCUCUUCCGGUUGGAGUCAUACAUGCUGACUGACAUUCGGACUUGGACAUAUGUCGUCAACCGAGUCUUCAACUCCCUCAACUUGGGUAUUGGCAUCACCACGACCAUGGCCUCCUACAACAAAGUCCGCCACAACGUCGUGAGGGACGUUUUGGUGGUGUCAGCUGUCAAAGUGGCCUUGGAAAUCGUCGUCGGCUUAGCAGUGAUUUGUCUGCUGCAAUACUUGGCGGAUCGGAUGCAGCUGCCGCUCAUUGACGUCGUCGACAUGGGCCUUUAUCUCGCGUACAAGACGCUGCCCGCUGUCUUCUCUCUGAUGCCUCAGCCGCUGUUAUGGACCUGUGUUCUCUUCGUGUUGGUGUUCUUCCUGUGCAUACCUUUCAUGGUGGUGUCCGUCCAGGUGCUGCUCGAGUGCCUCCUGACCCUCCUCCCCCCCCGGUGGCGACGCCGGCGCUGGCCGCUGCUGCUCGCCGUCUGUGGCGCCGGGUUCCUGCUCUCCUCGCUCUGCUGCUUCGAGCCUGGCCGUUACAUCAACAACAUGAUUGACUGGGGACUUGGCAUAGUUGGACCCAAGAUUUUAUGUCUACUCGUGGUCAUCAUCUUUGCAUACGUCUAUGGAGCGGGAAGCAUCGCGAGGGACGUGGAGAUGACGAGCAACAAGACCAUUUCUUAUUACUUUUACUUCACGUGGAUUUCUGUCACGCCUUUGAUAUUGGUAAUCUUGUCAGUUGGAUUAUCGACCUACAUUUUUGACUUCUAUAUACCUCCGCUGACCAGAGUGGUUGCCUGCUACUUCUUGCCGGUCGUAGUUAUCUACAGCCUCUGCUACGUCUUCCGUGACGACUGCUGCAAGAAAUUACAGUUCAAAGCGAAGCCGUGGGGUCCGCGGGCGGCGGGUGACAGGGCCGCGUGGAAGCGGUUCUGCUCUGAGCAUCCUGUGCGCAACAGCCUCGUCCACCGAACCUUCUAGAAGCUUUGCCUCUUCCAGGGGCCCGAUGACCCCAGGGGGACCUGUGGGAUAAUUUUCUACCUGUUUGUCAUAUCCUCGGCAGCAGAUCUAGAAGGGAAUUGGGGAAUGUGUGAGUCUACGAGGAUUAGAAAUGGCUGAGGGCUAGGAUGAUACGAUCACCUUAUAUGGUAUAUUGAACCUAGCUCGACCCGAGGCUGUCGGGGUCAACGCCUGAAGCCUGUGUUACAACUUUUGAGUCGUAAGUUUCUCUGUUUUAUCUCAAGAGCUUCGUGUUGGUCAGUUGGAUAUGAAGCCACAUAUCCACACACACGCACACGCACACGCACACGCACACGCACACGCACACGCACACGCACACGCACACACACGCACACGCACACACUCAC